AUGGCAAAAACCAUCGAAUUGUUAAAAGAAGAAUCCAAAGUGGAAGCAAUUGGAAACAAGUGUGAACAAUUGGAAAAAGACAAUGCCCAAACACUUAUUGAUCUGGCAAAAACAAGGUCAGAACUUUCUGCAUUUAAACUAAAAUAUGAAGAGAGAUGUAAAGUUUUAAGCAAUGAAAGAUCAAUCAUGGAAGAAAAGGUUAGAGAUAUUUCCCAAAAAUAUGAGAAACUGUGUGCAACAGUUUUAGAACGAAAGAAAGUUUUUGAGGAAGCAAAAUCAAUCAUUGAGGAAAAAUCAAAGAGGGUGGAAGAGCUUUCUGUUAUUGUUGAAACAUUAAACGAGAGUAUGGAGCAGAAGAAUUGUGAACUUGUUUUGAAAGAAAAGAAUAUUGAGGAGCUAGUAGAUAUUGUAAACCAAAUCAAGUCAUGUUUCUCAUCUGCACAGAUUGAAGGUGACAAUUCAAUUACUUCUAUUGUUAAAGAAAUGAUGGAAAAGCAACGAGAAACUGUAAAUUGUUUGGAAGUGGAGGUAGAAGGGUUGAGAGGAACUCUGAGUAGUAAAUCACAGAUAUUUGUUGAUUAUCAAUACAAGAUUGAUGAAAUAACAGAAAUAUUAGAAGUUAGGUCAAAGAGAAUAGAUGAGUUAGAUAUUGAACUACAAUUUCUUAAGAAGGAAAAAAGUAAUUUAGAAAAUGAAAUUAUUGAGCUAAAGAAAUUAAUGGAAGAAAAGGAGGUAAAGUUGAAGGAACUAGCAGUUAGUUUGAAAAAGCUCGCUUUAGAAAAGCUUAGCAGUGAAACUUGUCUGAAUGAUGAAAUAGAGAGUCUUUCUAAUGAAAACCUAUUGAUGAAAGAGAAAAUAGAUAAGAUGAAUGAAGCCCUGUCAAAGAAAGUUAACAAAAUUGAUGAUGCCUAUAACUAUAUUGAAGUUCUCAACUCUGAAAGUGAGAACCUGUGUUCUUUGAAUAAGGCAAUGGAAGAUAAAUAUCUGAAAGUUCUAUUUGAAAAGAAACAAUUCAAUGAACAAAAGGACAAGUAUGAAAGAAUUAUCGAAGCAUUAAAAUCACAAAACGAAAAAUUACUUGAUGAAUUGAACAAUCAACAAAUGAUCCUACUCAAAAUGGAAAAAUCAAAUAAGAAUGCAUUCGAAAAGGAAUCCAAAAACCAAACAAAAUAA